AGACCUACCUGUCUAGGACCCAAGAGAUUCGACGAACGGAGUCUCUGUUUGUAUCCUUUCAUCCAAGGUCUAUGGGGCAUAAAGUUUCCAAUCCUACUUUAUCCCGUUGGUUAAGGGCAUGUAUUACUUUAGCAUAUGAGUCUCUGAAGCUGUCAGUUCCAGCUAGUAUAACGGCUCAUUCUACCAGGUCAGCUGCCACUUCGGCUGCUUUUGCCACUAAUGCUCCUGUUGCCGAUAUUUGUAGGGCUGCAGUCUGGUCUACCCCACACUCGUUUAUAAGGCAUUAUAAAAUUGAUCGUUAUGCCUCUGCUGACGCAUCUUUCGGCAGACGAGUGUUGCAACAGGUUCUUAAUGAGGAUUAACACGUGGGUGGUCCCUCCCUGUAUGGGCUGCUGUGGUACAUCCCGCUGUGAUGGCCGGACUCAUAGGGAAAAUGGACCAUUGGUCUCACCUGAAGGGUGAUUUUCCUAUGAGUACGGACAUCACGACCCUCCCAGUUGGAGGAUGACUAUAUAUUUUCUAAUGUAUUAUAUGUUACUGUUACGCUAUUAUAUUUAAAUUUAAGAGUGAAGUCAAGACUUCUAGUUCUGUUAUACCGCUAUGUUGGAGUCAUGUUACUAUGCAUGGUACUAUUGUGUUAUUUUCCUGCUGCCAGGCCGGUUGGCCUUGUUCUUGUAUUUUUAGAUAUUUCUCCUUAGAUUCGCCGCGAAUGAACUGGAGAGUGGGAGGGGCCUGACGCCCCUAGUCUUGACUUCAAAGACAUUCUUGCCUUCGCACGAUAGGUGGAGCUAAAACCCGCUGUGAUGUCUGUACUCAUAGGAAAAUCACCCUUCAGGCUUUCUGGCAAGCAUGCUGCAGGAAUCUUUGCUGUGGGGAUGUUUUCGUUUUCUCGCCUAACAUGGCAGUGGUCCAUCACGGCAGAGGUUUUCAGCUUAAACAACCUUUUCGUGGGGCUCUUGAUGGCUCUCUCCGUUCGCUUCCAGGAGGUGAUGACCGCCAAAGAGAGAUCAAAGAUCUGUAAAGUAGGCGCCUUCUGCUGUGGACUGAGCUUGUGCAACCAACACACUAUUGUGGUCUACGUGGUCUGCAUCGUGCUGUGGGUUUUCUCUCGCUUGUUCAGGGAGGGGGAAUUGACCCCAGGCUACAUGCUGAAGUUGAGUUUCUGCUUCUUGGCUGGCUGCCUGCCUUAUCUCUACCUGCCUGCCUCUUCCUACCUAAGCAAAGCGCGCUGGACCUGGGGAGACCAGACGACCCUUAAAGGAUUUAUGAGCCAUCUUCUUAGGGAGGAAUACGGAACGUUCAGUCUGGUGAAUUCAGAAAAUGGAUCCAGUAUGACUGAUGUAUUGCUUUUUCAAGUGACCCAUAUGAAGACAGAGCUUUCCCCCAUUGUCCAAGCCCUCGCGAUUGCAGCGUGCUUGGCUGCCGCAGCAAGGCCAAAGGUGGAAAAGUCUCAUCUGGUCUGGCUGUUUACUUCAAUGCUCUUUGCCUACUCAUUUUUCUUCGCUUGGAGAGCAAAUUUGGAUAUUUCAAAGCCUUUGUUUAAGGGAGUGGUCGAGCGAUUCUGGAUGCAAAGCAAUGCAGUGGUCGCUGUUCUAGCUGGCCUCGGACUAUCCUCACUUUUCUCUCUUGGUGAGGCUGUCAUUGAAAAUAGCCGAUCGCUUCGCUGCCUGGAAUGGCUUGUUGCUGCCCUUCUCGUUACAGGACAAAUCUACUCCAAUUAUAGCAUCUGUGACCAAAGCCACAACUAUGUCGUUGACCAGUUUGCAAGGAAUCUCUUGUCAUCCAUGCCUCCAGAUGCCAUCAUCCUGCUAAGGGGAGACUUGCCGGGCAAUUCUGUUCAUUACCUUCAUAACUGCGAGGGAGUGAGACCUGAUAUUACCUUGGUUGAUCAAGAAUUGAUGACUCAUCCCUGGUACUUACCAAAGAUGUCAAAACAUUUGCCUGGUGUCAUCUUUCCUGGGAACCGAUGGAAUCCUGUGGAAGGGAUAUUAUCUGAUGGAACAACCACAUUUAAUCUGCAUCGCUUUCUCAAAGUAAAUAAACACAAAGAAACCUUUGUCUGCAUUGGACUCCACGAAGACGACCCCACCUGGAAGAAAGGCUAUUCCCUUUGGCCGUGGGGCUCUUGUGACAAGCUAGUGCCUUCGAAUGCUCCCUUUGACCCCGGCGAGUGGAUCGAGCGCACCAGGAAUCUCUACAACUGGAGCGAGGAAUAUGGCAGGUUUGAUUCGUCCUCGUGGGAGUCAGUGGCAAAUGAAGAGAUGUGGCAAGCCAGGAUGAAAACGGCCUUCUUUAUUUUUGACCUUGCGGAAACUGCUUGUGUGUCAGCGGAUGUAAAAGCACAGCUUUAUGCAUAUGCGUACAAUCUUUACAAGGAAAUUGUGAGCUCCCAUGAACCUCACCCGGUGAACUGGCACAAGAACUACGCAAUCGCUUGCGAGCGGAUGUUGCAUCUGCACCCAGAAAGGGCAGAUGUAGAAGCGCUGCUCUCCGAAGCCAUCAAACACUUCCUCCUUUACACAGAGAAAGCGGCAGAUGAUCCCCAGCAGGGCAGUAUUUUGCAAGCCAUAAAACAUCUGAAGAAAGAACUUCAGGGGUUGAGAAAAAUGAAUAAAGGAGGAAAGAGGCAGCAUGCAUAGGGCUUCUUUGCGGUCCCCUCGCUUUUCAGCAAGGUACAAAGUGAAAUCGAAUGAGCUGACAGCAGCUCACGGAAAUGAGCCCUUGGGGAAAGAAUGAAAAAUAAGAUGAAAAUAGAAGCUGAACAGUCUAGUGGGUGGAAAUGAAGCCAGCAUCUGUGUUGCUUCCUUGUGGUAUUUUUUUGAUUGGGAGAGAGGAGGCUAACGAAGAGGUAAAACGAUUGAGGGUUUAUUUAUUUAUUUACUUAUUUAAUUCAGCUUAUAUCCCGCCCGACUAGCAAACAGCUCUCUGGGCGGCAAACAUAGAAACAUAUACAAUAAUAAAAUUACAAGAUCAAUAUAACAAAUAUAAAAGUACAUCAUCUAAAAUACCAAUUACAACAUUUACAUAAAUAACUUAGAUUAAAAUGCCUCAGAGAAGAGAAAGGUUUUAACCUGGUGCCGAAAAGAUAAUAGUGUCGGCGCCAGGCGUACCUCCUCGGGGAGACUAUUCCACAAUUCGGGGGCCACCACUGAGAAGGCCCUAGAUCUUGUUACUACCCUCCGGGCCUCCCUAUGGGUCGGGACCCGGAGGAGGGCCUUCGUAGUAGACCGUAGUGUACAAGCCGGUUCAUAACGGGAGAGGCGUUCCUGCAGGUAUCGUGGUCCCGCGCCGUAUAAGGCUUUAUAGGUUAAUACCAACACUUUGAAUCUGGCCCGGUAGCAUAUUGGAAGCCAGUGCAGGCGAGCCAGAACAGGUGUUAUAUGCUCAGACCGCUUAGUUCUUGUUAGCAGUCUGGCCGCCGUAUUUUGCACUAGCUGUGGCUAUAUCAAACAAUGGGGAAAAAAUAUGUAUGUGAUGGAGAAAGUGGACAGGGAGACACUUUUCUCCCUCUAGUAGUCCUGGAACAUGGUGCUGAAUGAAGCAUGGUGCCCAUUCAGCUGUCAGUAUUUUGCAGGAGAGAUUCAGGUGCAUACUGGGAAAUUCAGGGUUGCUCAGUUAAAGUGCUCUGUAGAGCAACAAAUCCCCUUUAAAGAAGAAUCAGAUUUUUUGCACUUAGGAAAGCUGUGGGGAAAUGUGUUGGAAAGGCAUGAAUGAAUGCUUAGCAGGAGGACGCGUAAAUGCCACACCAUCAAAUCAGGACGAAUGCGGGAUGAAUGUUCGUUGCAUGACCUCCCCAACAACAAAAUCAGCACAAAUGCUCAGUAAAGGCAGGACUUCAUCCCACCACCGCGUAAACUUUGUUCAAGCAAAUCAGGAUGAAUGCGCAAUAAAUAGGCCGUCUAGAGGAGCCCAGUGUUGAGAUUCAGGACAAAAAUAAGUAUGCCUGCACCACGGAAUCCAUUGUCACAAGAUGGAGCUCUAGGAGAGCGUUGUUACGGAAGUAGAGCAAAGUGAGUUCCUUUCAAGCUGUUGAUAAGAAGAAAAGAAAAAAGCUGGAUCAGACCAAAGGCCUAUCCAGUGGGAAGCCAGAUGCCUCUGGGAAGCCCAUGAGCUAGACACGAAGGAUAUAAUAACUUUUCCGCUGUUGCUCCCCAGCGACUGAUAUUCAGUGGUAUACUGCCUCUGAACAUGGAGGUUGCAUGUAGCCUUCUUGGCUGCUAGUCAUCGAUAGAUCCAUCCACUCUGGAUUUGCUUCAUCCCCUUUCCAUUGGGAGUGGAGCUUGUGAAGGUGUUGUCUCUGAGUCCAGCCUCAUGGAGUGUACACCGCAGGAGAGAACAGUGCUCUUGCGCUCAGGGCCUGCUUGCAGGCUUCCCAUUGGAGCAUCUGGUUGCCCACUGUGAGAACAGGAUCCUAGACUAGGUGGGCCAUUGGCAGGAUCCAGCAAGGUUCUUCAUAUAUUCUUACUACUGUUCUGGCAGCGGUGCCCCAAAGGUCCUCUACUGUCCCUAACCCAGCAGUGGUAGAGCAUGCUUCUUCCACUAAUUAUUGCUAUAGGGAAAAGUGCCAGUUUGCUUGCUUGUCUGGAAGCUCAUGCUCCUUAAUCCUCUGUAUUUUGGGGACAAGAUAUAGAUUGCUCAGUGGUGAAGGAAGCAAGCUUCUGAAAACUCAUUGUAUUACUUUACUUGAUGCAGGGCUGAGCCUUUGAUUUUCAACCAUGUUCUGGAGCUGGGCACUGGCUUAUCCUUCUGUAUUACUCCUGAGACCAAUGGCCAAACUAUACGGAGUCACUUUAAAAGUCAAAUUAAACAUUCUCUGUAUAUGCUCUGCGGUAACAGCUGAAAGUUUGAAACAUUAAUCUGGUUUGAAUGUAAUGUUAAAACAAUGGUUUAGCAUUACAUACAGAAGGCUUGUGCACUCCCACCACCCCUCUCCUCUUCCAGCAUGACCGUGACGGUAGACUGGAAGCUUUUCCUUCCAUUUUCAAUUAACUGUGGUUUAUUGUCAUGCCCAAACCUGGGCAAACUGCGGUUAGUCUUAACUAUGUGUUAGAAACAAGGCAGGAUUGUAUUCCGUUGUUUGAAAGGUGGUUUGUUUCUCUAAACCAUAGUUAAGACUAGCCACAGUUUGUUUGGGUUUGGAUAUAAUAAGUAGUAACCGAAUUCAGUUGAAAACAGAAGUGAGUCUCAUUUACUUAACAUUAAACCAUAGUUUAGUGUGAUGUUAAAACAUAGCCAUUGAGUCAAUAGAAGUUGAUGGGAAUUUCCCCGUCGCUUGAGUGCAGUCGCUUUGGGCUGCUCUGGAAAGGGACACUUUCUCCCUAAGGAUCAGGUUCAUAGUCCGUGGCUGCUAUUAGACCCAGCCUAUUCUCUGGAGUUAAACCUUUCACCAGAUGAGGCAAUGUGCUAGUUAUAGCCUGUCCUGGACACAGAUAGCCUUUUUGUUGUUAUGUGCCUUCAGGUCGAUUACAACUUAUGGCGGCCCUAUGAAUCAGCGACCUCCAAGAGCAUCUGUCAUGAACCACCCUGUUCAGAUCUUGUAAGUUCAGGUCUGUGGCUUCCUUUAUGGAGUCAAUCCAUCUCUUGUUUGGUCUUCCUCUUUUUCUACUCCCUUCUGUUUUCCCCAGCAUUAUUGUCUUUUCUAGUGAAUCAUGUCUUCUCGUUAUGUGUCCAAAGUAUGAUAACCUCAGUUUCAUCAUAACCAGAGUUAUUAUCUGAUUGGAUUAUUGUAAUAAUCCAGAAGGGAAGGACCACAGGUCAGUGAUAGAGCAUUUGCUUUGCAUGCAGAAGAUCACUGAUUCAAUCCCUGGCAUCCUCAGGUAGAGCUUGAAACGUCCCCUGUCUGAAAACCUGGAGAGCUGUUGCCAGUCAGUGUAGACAAUACUGAGCUGGAUGGACCAGUGGUCUGUCUCAGUAAAAGGCAGCUUCCUAUGUUCUUAUCGGGAAUUCCCACCAAAAGCACCAAAUUUAUUAUCCUUAUUAUGAUGGUAUAAAGCUCCAGAAACGCAGAAGGAUCAGGUAGCAAGUGAUCUGAAGACAACCCUGGAUCCCCACUGCCAAUCAGAAAAGGCAGUACUAGGCUAGUUGGGCAAAUAGUUUAACUCAAUAUAAGGCAGCAUAACUCAGUUUAACGCGCACUGAAUGUGGGGCUGCCCACGAUGGUUAGUAGAAAAUUACAGCAAAGUUGAGGAUAGUUCCGAAACUAUGGUUAGUACAAAAUAACAGCUGCUGGGUUUGGAAACUAUGGUUGGUGCAAAAUAACAAGGACCUGUACUUGGUCCCCACCUUUUCAGGGCCUAAUUCAGGGUACUGGUUUUAAGCUUUAAAAGUUCUGUACAGCUUGGGACCAGCUUACUUUAGGGUCCGGCUUCUCUUGCAUGAGGCUGUCUGAUUACUAAGUCUCUCUUCAGAAGCCACUGUCAGAGUCUCUGUUCCUGCUAAGGUGAGACUGAGACAAUGUUUCAGCAGCAGGUGAAGAAACUUUUGAUGGUCCCAGGAUGUUAAAGACAUUGUAAGAGUUUUACAUAGUUCUUACCAGCCUUCUGUUUUUACCUCUUCGUCAGUUUUACUAUUUUCAAUGCUGUUUUUAUUUUUGUUUUUAUGAUAUAUUGUAUGUAUAUAUUGUAUUGUUACCCAUUCGGUUUUACCUGAAGAAGGGCAUAGCCAUGCAUCAAAUAAACAGAUACAU